AUGUUCGAUACAAAAGUCUUACUGAUGCCCGCCGUUAUUGUGGACAAUGGAUCCGGGUCGUGUAAAGCCGGGAUCUCGGGUGAACUGGAGCCGCGGGCAGCUGUCCCGUCGGUGGUCGGCAACCUCAAAGAGAACAUGGAGCAACGCUACAUCGGGGCAAAAGCCCUCUCCAAGAAGGGCAGCUCGGUUUUGAAUUAUCCUGUUGAGCGCGGCAUGAUUACUCACUGGGAUGACAUGGAGAUGCUCUGGAGAUAUAUCUACCGGCACGAGCUUAAAGUGAAAGCCAGCGAGAGGCCCGUACUUCUCUCAGAACCCCCCCUGAAUCCUCUUCGGAAACGGGAAGUAAUGACAGAGUUGAUGUUCGAACGCUUCAAAGUACCGGCUUUGUACCUCGCCAUCCAAGCCACUUUGGCGCUUUACGCGUCGGCACGUACCACUGGGUUGGUGGUGGACGCCGGAGAUGGGGUAACUCACGCCGUCCCCAUCUAUGAUGGCUACUGUCUACCUCACGGGGUGUCCAGGCUCGACAUUGCAGGAAGGGACAUUACCAGAUACCUCACCCAUCUCCUUUUGGACAACAGCCAUUUGUCGGUGAACAGAGCGAAGGAGACCACGGUGAAGGACAUCAAGGAGAAGUUCUGCUAUGUGGCUUUAGACCCCAGGCAAGAAGCAGAGAAGAAGACGGAGGGGGUCUUGAAGCUGCCGGAUGGAAACACCGUCAAAAUUAACCUCAACCUCUGCAGGCCACCUGAAAUUCUUUUUGCGCCAAAAAUUGUUGGCCUCAAGGCUUCGGGCCUUCACACCAUGAUCACCAACAGCAUCAGGAAGUGUGACAAGGAUAUCUGUGGCCUCCUCUACGGGAACCUGGUCCUCUCAGGGGGGUCUUCGCUUUUUCAGGGCAUGGACGAGAGGAUCUUUAAAGAGAUAGAGCCUGAAGUCCCCAACAGAGUUCCAGUGCGAAUCAUUGCACCCCCAGAGAGAUCAUGCGCUUCUUGGCUAGGAGGUUCCAUUAUAACCUCCUUAGUCUCCUUUGUACCGAUGUGGAUCACCCAAGAGGAUUACAAAGAAUUUGGCGCCGCAGCAGUCCACCGCAAAUGCUUUUAA